CCUAGCCAACCAUUUCAAUAACCUUGAAAAUUAGGGUCAAGAUUUUCGAGGUUGAAUUAGCCUGCGGCUUUCCUAUUGACUGCUUAUCUAUCUAAUUUCCCCUAUCUUGCCACAGUGUUCCCGGGUUGACUCGACACAACGACGCUCGUUCAUCACCAACUGCCAGGCAGUUAAGUAAUUUGACUUACUGACGACGACGCUAGCUCGCCCGUCUGCCAUCGAUUCCCUUGACUCCCGAUUAUCUCUGGUCUCGAGGACUCUGGGAUUCCCGCCGUUGCGCGUACUCUCUCUAGCCUCACUCUCUUUCCUUACCUUCUUCCCCAUUCCGUGUGGGGAUGCUCUGUUGUUAAAGGGUAUGAGGAGAACAUCCGUCUCGUUGCCUACGAAGCAAGUCCGGCGCGACCCUCACGAGAAACCCGGCCGGUACGACACCGGUCACAAAGAACUAGGCAUCUUGGAGAAGCUACAAUACGCCGGAAUGAAUCCGGCCCAGAAAUCGCGGUGGCUUAAGACCACUGCCAUUGUUGUUUUCAUCCUCUUCCUUUUCUACUAUGUGUCGCCCAAGGGUGUAGAUUACUACCAGGGAGUAUCACGACCUGGUGGUCAAACCCCUGCCGAUUCAUCGUAUGGCACCGAUAAAUGCACGAAAUCAUACUCGAGGGACAAGCCCAUCGUUCAAUAUGUGCUCAUGAUCGACGCUGGUAGCACUGGAUCUCGUAUUCACGUUUAUAAAUUCAACAACUGUGGUCCCACCCCCGAACUGGAAGGCGAGGAGUUCAAGAUGACCGAGAAGAGCGUUGGUGGCUUGAGUAGCUAUAAGGACGACCCGGUCGCCGCCGCUAAGACUCUAGAUCCUCUUCUCGCCGUGGCCAUGGAGCACGUUCCCGACAAACUGAAGGGAUGCACUCCGAUCGCUGUCAAGGCCACAGCUGGUCUGCGCAUGAUUGGAACCGAAGCGGCUGACGCAAUUUUGAAAACUGUACGAGAACAUCUUGAAAAGAAUUAUCCUUUCGCCGUGGUUUCUGAGAAGGAGAGUGGUGUCACUAUCAUGGACGGCUCCGAUGAGGGCGUAUACGCCUGGAUUACCACAAACUACCUCCUGGGGAAGAUCGGCGGCCCUGAUGACAGCCCUACUGCUGCAAUUUUCGACUUAGGCGGUGGGUCAACUCAGAUCGUUUUCGAGCCAACGUUUAAGGGACUCGCUUCUGGGGGGAUGCCCGAGAAGAUGGCCGAAGGUGAUCACAAGUAUGACUUGGCUUUUGGGGGACGAAAGUUCGAGCUAUACCAGCACUCCCAUCUCGGAUAUGGUCUCAUGGCGGCUCGCAAUGCGAUCCAUCUGGAACUACUGAAUGACAUAUAUGCGAAGGAGAAGAGCCGUGAUUUCCUCCAGAAACCAAUCCGGAACCACCCUUGUAUCAAUGCUGGCCAAACCGACACUAUCAAGGUCAAACUACCUGAAGGCAGCCCGCUAGGCACAGGCGAGCUCAAACUCCAGGUAUCAGGUCCUGCUAUCCCGGCCCCAGCUCAGUGUCGAAGCUUGACUGAUAGGAUCCUGGCGAAAGAUGCUGAGUGUGCGCUGGCUCCUUGCUCUUUCAAUGGUGUCCACCAGCCCUCGCUAGCGAAGACAUUUGCGCGGGAAGAUGUCUACAUUUUCUCAUUCUUCUUCGACCGCACGAAGCCUCUAGGCAUGCCAGACUCCUUUACGCUGAGAGAGCUUCACGAUUUGACAAACACGGUCUGCGGUGGCGAAGACUCCUGGGCCGGUUUCAGCAACCUCCCUGAGGCCCUAGACGAACUCCAUGACCGUGGCGAAUACUGCCUCGACCUCAACUUUAUGAUUAGUCUACUACACACAGGCUAUGAUAUGCCAAUUGACCGUGAGGUUAGAAUAGCUAAAAAGCUAAAGGGCAAUGAGCUGGGAUGGUGCUUAGGAGCAAGUCUACCAUUGUUGGCAAAGGACUCUGGCUGGACGUGUAGAAUCAACCAAGUCUACUAAAAACACGUUUGCGAACUUUCUAUAUAGCAGACAGACACAGAUCGAAUUAAGCGCCGAUGAAAUCAUGGGACAUCACUAGACUUCUUACUAUAUUAUUCACGCUACUAAUGAAGUGGAGGUAAAAACCGAAGGAUAUAUACAUGCUCGGGGGAUCGGAAGAUUUGGGCAUUAGGGCCUGGCGUUUGCGGAAACACUGAAAUUCCGGGUGUUGUAGAAAUUAUGAAACGUGGCGCAUGACAGAAAACGAUUACUAUUACCAUUAUCAUCAUUGUCUUCUCGCAUAUUUUCCAGAGAGGGCUUAAACGCGGAGGAGUGGACGAUAAUGCUGCUGUUUCUAUCAUUCAUGUACUUAUUAUAGGACGUUCUGAGUCUCGUCAAUAUCAAUGAAGUUUGGAAAUACUAAU